AUGUCCAAGUCGUUUGGACGGCCGGCGAAGGCGUCUCCUUCCUCCAAAACCUCGCCGUCCGCCGCCGGUGCUGGUGAGGAUGAUCCUGAGUCGCCGGGAGGUAGUAGCAGCAGUGGGGAUGGUAGAAAUACUGGCCAAUCGGUCUCUGAGGUCUCGGUCAGCGAGGGAGAGGGCAGCAGUAGCGAGGGUGUGCUGGUGGAGCAUCCUCUCAAUCCAGAUCAGGUAUAUGCUAUAGUUUACUGAAGUUAAUUCUAUAUUGAUCUUGCGGAUCCGUUGCUAAUGUACAAGGAACACAGGACUCCAGAUCCCUGCAUGGAGAUCCUGACAGUGGUAUUCUGGUGAACAUUGAUGGUUCAAUGCACGAAGGUGAUCGUGAAUCGGAUGAUGGAGGGAGGGAAGACACCUUUGUUGAUGCACCAGACGAGUUGAGUUUCUCUGAAGGGCGCAGCUCCAGUGGGCUAGGCGACCCAAUGGUGCUGAUUGGUGCUUCUCAGAGUAAUGAGGUGGCGCACCUUACUGAGAGAUUGGAAGCGGCUGUUGCUGAGUGCAUGAAGUACAAGGUGCUCCUAUUUGACUACAUGGAAGAAAAAACUUAUUUUUAUUUUCAUUUCUGACCAUGGUUAUGAGGUUUACAUUGAUUUCAGGAAGAAAGAGAGGCAUGUGGGAGGGAAAUUGUGACUCUUUACGAGACACUCCGAGCAAUGACCAACUCUCAAUCUGGACUAGUCAGUGGUGAUAAUACAAAGGCAGGGGGCAGUGAUGACGACAGUAAUACGUUUUCUUUGAGUCCAAUGGAUGCAAUUAUAAAGGGUUGUUCCGAGAUCGCAUCUCACUUGAAAAGUGAUUGGGAUGAGCGGCAACAAUUAGAGAAUCACGCUAGAGGUCUUAGUGCGAUUGUCUUCGCCAAAAACCAGGAGAUUGAGGAGCUCAAGAUGGAGGUAGCGGAGAAUUCGAUAUCUCGUGAUAUUGUUUUUUCUUAUUUGAACUCGCUUCAAGAAUCACAGACAGAAUAUCUGAGACAAUCUACUGAUGCUUUUGUGUGGAGACUUCUAAGUUCUCUCGCAACAGUUGUCACCCUGGAUGAGGAAGAUCUAGAGAAGGAUGUUCUUGAUGGCUUCUCGCUUGUUGAGAAGAGAACCACCAAGUUAAUUGAGAAACAUUCACAAUUUUUGUCUGAGAUUUCUCAGCUUGGACGAUGUCUAUCUACUGUCCAGUCCGAUUUUAUGAUACCACAGCACAAUGAAUUAAAGGUUGUUUUUGAUGCAGCACGCCAAGAGCUUCUUGAAGGCAAAAGUAAGGAGUCAUAUCUUCUAGAGACCAUAAAUGAACUCAGAAAAGAGAAGGAUGAAAUUCUUGAACGUCUGUAUAGGAUGACACAUGAUUUGGAGGAAGCUAAGGUUGAGGCUAGCAAAGCGAAGGCAGGGCUGGAGCAAGCAGAGAGUAAGUUCAUGACAGUAAAAGAGAAGCUCAGUAUGGCAGUUACGAAGGGCAAAUCUCUUGUCCAGCACAGAGAUGCCUUGAAAAAAUUAUUGAGUGACAAGACGGCAGAGCUUGAGAGGUGCUUGCUAGAGCUGCAACAGAAAUCUGAGGCCCUUGACUCUACUCAAGCUAGGGUUGAGGAACUAAGCAAAAGCGAGGACAUGAUUCUUUCUCUUCAGGAUUCACUCUCACAGCAGAGCAAGGUUCUAUGUGAAAUCGAAGAAGUUGUUUCUCAGAUUGAUUAUCCAAUGAACGUGCCAUCUGUGGAGCUUGUGGACAAAGUUAGGUGCCUUGUUGAUCAGAAGCAUACUGCAGAAGGAGUUCUCCAAGGCUACAGUAAACUACAAGGUGCACUUUCUUCUGUUGAUUUACCUCAAGAUGUAUCGUCCUCUGAUUCAGAAUCUCAACUAAACUGGCUUCUAAGAUCAUUUACUGAAAGUAAAGAAAAUGCAGCCAAACUUCGAGAUGAACUAUCCAGCAUGCAGGCAGCCGUAAUAUCAUGUGAAUCACAGCUUCUUGAGGCAAAUAAGGAAAUUGACGGCCUAACUGCAUCUAUUUCUGAACGAAGAGAGGAAGUAAGUUCUUUACAAGACGUAAAUGAAGACCUAAAGUCCAAAUAUGAAGGAAUUGUUGAGAAACUCUCUCAUGUUUCAUCGGAGAAGAAUCAGCUGAUGAAAGUGCUUAUAGAUCUUUCUGAAAGCACAGAAGAUCAAUCUUCCCAGGUAAUAGAUACACUUAUAGAGAACUGUCUUGGAAAAGCAGAAGAGUGGAGAAGAACUGCUCAUGAAUCUUCUGUUUUCUCUGAGCUGUUUCAAAGAAUGCAAAGUUUGGUAUUUAUGAAAGAACAGGAGUUAGCACUAUCUACAAUGAUCUGUGAAGAAGAAAGGUUGGAUAGAGCUGUGGUAAUGAAUAUGUCAAACCAAUUGAAGCAAGCCUAUGAAGAAAUAAAGUCCUUGAGAAAUGAAAAAGAUGGCCUGCAGAAGGAUUUCGAGCGUGUUGAGGAGAGGUGCUCUUUGCUACGGGAAAAACUAUCCAUGGCAGUCAAAAAGGGCAAGGGAUUGGUUCAGGAUCGUGAAGGCCUUAAACUUUCACUGGAUGAAAAGAACUCUGAAAUUCAAAAGCUACAGCAUGAUCUUCAGCUGCAGGAUUCUGCAACUGCUGAACUCAGGGGACAGAUUGAGAUCCUGUCUGCUGAUGUAGGACACAUUAAACAGCUUGAGAUCGACAUUGCUUCCUUGAAGCAGGAGAGGGACCAAAUGAAACAGUUGUUGCGGGAGAGUGGUGACUCUUUUCAAAAGAUGGUUGGUGCAAUUAAUCACAUCUCUUUGCCAUACAGUAUAAACUCUGAAGACCCAGCAGAAAAGCUGAAAAGGAUUUCUGAGUACAUUCAUGAAGUUACAAUUGUUAAAGCUUCCAAGGAUCAGGAAUUAGAGCAAGCAAAAGGCGAAGCUCUUACACUGGUCACCAGGCUGGCACAUGGUGAUGCAACUAUAAGCAACUUGGAGAUUGCAUUAUCCGAGAUGGAGAAGAAAGUUUCUGCUAUUCUUGAGGAAAAGGAGGACGCAAAACUUGGGAAAGUUUCUGCUGAACAGGAGUUAGAAAAGGUGAAAGAAGAUGUAGAUAGUCUUACUGACAAGUUGACACAGUCCUAUGUGACCAUAAGGAACCUCGAAAAUGCGCUGUCUCAGGCAGAGAACAGCAUCUCCAUCCUCACUAAUGAAAAGAAUGGAAUUGAAGGCGAAAGUAAACUAGAGAUUAUAUCAUUAAAUGCCAAGCUAGCUGCAUGUGUGGAAGAAUUGGUGGAGGCUCGUGAUAAAGUAGAGAACCGGUCAGCUGAACUGAUUAGUCAUCUUAGGAAUCUUGAGACGCUUACAAAGGAUGAGGGACUAUUUGUCAUGAUGGUAGAGGGAUUUAGAGAAAAAAUUGAGGGCUUGAAAAGUUUUGGUCUUUUAAUUGAGAAUCUUCGUGACAGAUUUGCCGCAAGUGGGUUGGAAGGGAAUCCUGAUUCAGAGGUAUCCUGUUUAUUUCUUUAUUGUACUUUCUCCUGUCCAGAAUUAUAUUUUUAUUUUAGUCGAUACUGAAGUCACAUCCACUUGACAAUUGCAUGCUUCUUAGUAUUCUUGGUGGGGAAUGGCAUCUGGGACCUAGGAAUCAAAACAGCUGAGCUGAUGAAUUGAGCUUGGCUAUGUAGUUACUUUUAAUCUGUAAACCUUGUUUCUUGGUUUACUAUGUUAAUUGUGAAGGUGAAUUUUCUGUAGACAAUAUAGGUCGAGCCCACUUGGUAAAUUACCAUGCAUUAAAUUGCUAGUUCUCCCGUUGUGUUUGGUGAGCAUUUUCUUGAACCGGAUUAUUACUUCCAAAACAAACCUGCUAGUGGUCCUGAGGAGUUGGCUGCUCUUAGUCAUUCCAUGUCACAUGCUCAUUUUUUUCUUCAAUUGCCUAAUAACUUUGCAUGUAUUUGCAAUUAUUUUACGGUUUAGAUAUGGGCUUAUGAUUCAAAUGUAUUUAGCAUAUGAUUACAGUCAUUAUUAUCUUCAGCAUUGUUAUCUCUCUCCAUUUAUGUAGCAUCCAAAGUUAAAACAUGAGAAAUCAAGAGGAGACUAGAUAAAAUGUGGUUUAAGCGUUUAGCAUUAGAGGAAUCCAUCACUGUGUACUCCCUCUGUGCAUUGGAGCUAUCUUUUGGAGUACCUUUACUUAUUUGUUCCAUCAUUUUGAAAAUAUUUCGUCGCCUCAAUAAUCUAUAAGCGUGAAGUAGGCAUUUCAUGUGGUAUUUUGUUCCAUUUGUAUUAUUACUAUUGGAAUGCUAACUCUGUCUGUUGCCUACACGUCUGAACUCAUUUACUGUUUAUCCCUAUGCUCUUCCCACAGAGUGAAGUGCUUUUCCCGGUGGAUGCUUAUUUUUUUUGCUUUUCAUUUAACUAAUCCGUUCGUAUUAUUAUUAAAACAAUCUGUUUUUAUGAAUUUGCAGAAAGAUCCUCAUUUGGAGAAGCUUCUUUCUUUUCCGCCCUUUGAGGAUUAUUGUCAUGCCAAACUGGCCACAAUUGAUUCGAGGAGAGCUGAUGAAGUUGGGGACACUCCAUCUCUUGCCAAGGUUGUUGAAGCUUCUAGUAUUCAAAUGAACAAUCUAAUGGAGAGGUUCAGGGAUUUUUCCGGUUAUGUUGACGAGCACAUCACACUUCUUUUACAAGCUUUACAGACAAUAGUGAAUGAUGCUGAUGGAAUGAUGGAGUAUAGGGAAAAGCUAUCAGUAAACUUGAAGAACUUGGAAGCUCAUAACCAGGCGCAAGAAACGAAAGUGCUUGCAUUACAGAAGAAUCUGACAACCGUUCUGGCUGCAUGCAGACAAGCUAGUCACCAUUUGCGUAUUGAAUUUGAUGGUAUACCGGAUGCAGACUCCAGUGUAGAACAUGAGAGGCACCUUUCUGCAAAGUUGCACGAAUCUAGAGAGGCAGGUGGUGGUGAAAUAGAGGAAUAUAAUGAAAAUAGCAUAACAGUUGAAUGUGACAUUGUAGCAGUAGAACUUCUGGGUGCUGUGGAAACAGUAAAAGCUAAGGCUCAAAAGUUUUCAAGUCUCAAGGGUAUUUCAGAGGACUGUAUGAAGCUUUUUAUGGGGAACCAUGUGGAGACCCUUUUUGACCGGUUGAAUAUGAUAGAAGUUCCUUUCAAAGAAUCAGCGGUCAACAUUGAAGGACAAAGUUUUUCAAGUCCUGUAGACAAAAUAUUUUAUAUUUUGGAUAAUGUUGCCAAGUUGCAGGUUUUGGUAAACUCGAUGAUUCAGGAGAAAGAUCAGAUGCAAUCAACUCUUGGGAAUUAUCUUCAUGAGAUUGAACAAUUUAGAGAGGCCUCUGAAAAUUAUGCUGUCAUUAAUCAGGAUUUGGAAGACAAGAAAUCUAACUUGGUUGAUUUGUCUCAGGGUUUGGAGAAAGUCAUAUUGAAGUUGGGCGGUUAUGAAUUUCUAGAAAGUAAGAGACCUGUUGAUACGAAAGGGCUUUUACAACUUCUGGAAUGGCGGGUAAUGGCCUCCCUUCAGGAUUCUGAAAGUUUGAAGUCAAGAGUUCAGGAACUGGGAGCUAAGCUGCAGGAAAGCCAAGCAUUAAAUGAAGAUCUGUCAUCAAGUAUUAAGUUGCUUGAGGACUCUAUUCAUACUAGGUCAUCUCUGACAGAUGUUAGCAAGGAAAGAACCGUCUCUGAGGGGUCUUCACUUGUUUCUGGUUCAGAGAUACUUGAAAUCGAGGAUGGGGUAAAGCUCUCUCUUCUACUUGAGCGCUUAUUCAAUAUAUUGCUAUCGUCGGUCUUAUACUUCCUGUUGCUGUCCAAAAAGUUAACUUUUUCUUUGAUUAAUUUGUCCCAGUUAGCCUUAUUUCCUGUUUUGAUCCCUCAUGGGUGGAUGUAGGUAAAGCACUUCAAUUCUUGCUGUACAGUUUGUGAUAUUAUGACACAAAGAUAGGUGACAAUUUCGGAUUUUUUUUUUUAUCCAUCCGCCUCUUUGUACUCGAUUCAGCUCCGAUCUCUGUGGCGCAAAUUAACUUUCCUAUGUUCCAAUUGAAAUCAAUGAAAAUAUGGGAAAUGCUGGAGAUAUUUUCUUAAUAUUUUGUGAAAUAAAACAAACACACACGUAUAUAUAUAUUUGUUAAACCUAAGGUGCUUGUAUCCUUGUUCCUAUCAUAUUUUAAAGACAAGGUACUUUUAUCUUCUAAAUCUGCCAUAGUUGACUAAUCGGAUUUGCUGGUGCAAGUUUAAGCUCGAAGUGAAAAGUUAGCUGAGUUUCAAGCUCAUUUCCGCAUCUUGUCGUCAUUUUGGCAGGCCAUAUAUGUUUUACCCAAAAUGUCUGAAAUACAGAAUAUUGCCUUUCAUAUUUCGAAUUUUAUUUUUUAUAUUUUUUAUGCUUUAGGUAUCAUCCAAACCUGCAAAUAAGCCACGCACAAUGCACAAAAAAACUGCUGAUUAUUAGAACUGUGGAUAUCUAUUCUCUGGUUUCUAGGUUCCAAGAAAUCCUGACUGAAUGGAAUGAAGCAGGAUGGAGGUUUGUAGGAGAGACAAAAAUCCAAAGUCUUGUAAUUAAACCCAUUUUGGGUGGUACUCAAAGCUGUUGGUUUACUGAAGACUCGAUUUUCUCUAUUACUCGGUUUUCUCUGGCUAGCCACGUGGGGAAGGAGGGAGGGAGGGAGGAGAGGGGGGGAAGGGGGAGGCGGGGAACACGGCUUUCUACUCCCUCAGUCCAAUUGCUGAGCUGAUAUUUCUAUCACCUGCCAUCUGCCUAUAUUUUCAAUCUUUGCCUUCUGUCUGAAAUACUGUCCAACAUCGAGAAACCAGUUUACUUGCACUGAGCUUGGGCAGAAGGCAGUCUAUGGGCUCAAGUGCUCCCCAUGUCGCCUGAGUUAGUCACUAAAGCAAUGGUAUAGGCGAGGACUCAACUCUAUACAUAUUCAGGAAGUAAAGCAGAUUGUGCUAUGAAGCAACUUGCCGCAGAGAAAUCAAUAUAUUUGUGGAUGAAAGUACUGCUUAUAUAUAUUCAUUCAUAUACCAACAUACGUAACAUACUGUUAGAGCGCUUUAUCUCUGUUAACUCUCACCAAAAUCAUGGGUUAUAAUAUCAUAUCUUGAAUUGAGAUGCCUGUUUCCAGAUUCUGAGACUAUCUCAUUACUGUUGUAUUUAGUUUAAUAUUUUUAUUUUUCCGAAGAGCUGCUUCCAUUAAUGGAACUAGUGACUGUAUGCUUCAUAUUGACUCAAAUAACUAGCCGAGCAUGCCCAACUGUUCAUAUUUCAGGGCCAUGUUGGGAAGAAAUCGGUCUCCCCUGUGCCUGCUGCUGCGCAUGCGAGAACAACGCGGAAGCCAUCAAGCGACCACCUCGCCCUCAAUGUUGAUACAGAGUCAGAACGAUUAAUCAGUUCCCGUGGAAUCGACGACAAAGGUUUGUUCUGAUCACAUUACUUCUUCUUCUUCUUCUUCUUCUUCUUCUUCUUCUUCUUCUUCUUCUUAAAAAGGAAAUAUUACCUGCAUGUUUUUCAUGUGUUUAUCCUUGCACAGGUCACGUGUUCAAGUCCCUCAAUACAUCGGGCCUCAUCCCGAAGCAGGGAAAGCAUGUAGCCGAUCGGAUUGAUGGUCUCUGGUGAGUCAAAGCUACCUUCGCCCGCCCUUUAUUAAUCUGCUUCAACUCACUGCCCGGAUUAGAUCGGAUAAUUCAGCCUAAGACAUGAGACUAGGAUAUCCAGCUUUUGCUUGUUCUUCGUGAAUUAUGACAGAUUUUUCUUCUCUUUUGGCUUAAAUAUCUGCACCCGUCCUUGUUUAUUGCCUGAAGAAGAUGAGGUCAUAAUUAUCCAAACAUUAAAUGAAUCAUAUAAGGUGAGUUGUAGCUCAGCUAAAAUCAGGCAAUAACCUAUUUUUGGAAGUCGCCGCCUCCUGGAACUCCGGGUUUUAUUCACAUGCUCGAACUCUCCACGUGCCACUCAAAAGAAGAAAAAAGGAAGAAAAGAUCUAGGAUGAACUGCCGGGUUAAGAUCUUGAACAAAGGGGACCCACCAUUUGGUUCCUCGGUUUGACCUAUGAUUCCUCGAACUGAGGAAAGAAGUGGGCUCCAAAGUGGGGCCCCUCCAGUUCCUGGGUUUUACCUGAUUCAUGGGUUUGACCUUGCAGGGUAUCUGCUGGUCGGCUGCUGAUGGGCCGGCCCGAAGCCAGGAUGGGUCUCGUGGCCUACUGGCUUCUGCUCCACGUAUGGUUGAUCGGAACAAUCCUAUAA